CUUCAUCUUCUGAUUCAAGUUCAGCCAGGUCCCUAUGACAGACCUGGGGCUGGCAGAGGGUAUAACAGCAUUGGCAGGGGAGCUAGCUUUGAAAAGAUGAGGCGUGGUACUUAUGGUGGAGGGUAUGGAGGCUAUGAUGAUUAUAAUGGCUAUAAUGAUGGCUAUGGUUUUGGGUCAGAUAGAUUUGGAAGAGGAAUGUCUGACCAUAGAUAUGGAGAUGGUGGCUCUACUUCCCAGAGCACGAUGGGACACUGUGUACACAUGCGGGGAUUACCUUACAGAGCUACUGAGAAUGACAUUUAUAAUUUUUCUUCACUGCUCAACUCUGUAAGAGUAUAUAUUGAAAUUGGUCGUGAUGGCAGAGUAACUGGUGAAGCAGAUGUCGAGUUUGCAACUCAUGGAGAUGCUGUGGCAGCUAUGUUGAAAGACAAAGCAAAUAUGCAACACAGAUAUGUAGAACUCUUCUUGAAUUCUACAGCAGUAGCAAGCAGUGGUGCUUAUGGUAGCCAAAUGAUGGGAGGCACGGGCUUGUCACACCAGUCCAGUUAUGGUGGCCCAACCAGCCAGCAGCUGAGUGGUGGUUAUGGAGGUGGCUAUGGUGGCCAUAGCAGCAGGAGUGGAUAUGGCAGCCAAGGAGCAGUGAACAGCAGCUACUACAGUAGUAAUGUAUAUUGA